ACAUUACAUAAUUAUAACAUACCGAAUCCCGACAAGUUUCUUGAGCAGUAAACCAACUCCAAACCAGCUGAGAAAACGACUAAUAAAACACUAAUUUUUGUACUAAUUUUCUGUAAGGUAGCAAUAGGGGAAGUGGAGGUCAGUAUUUAUAGGAAAAUUAUUUAGCAAUCACCGCUUUGGACAAAAACAGUGAUGUGUUCACCGCCAUUGUCCUCAGCGAUGAUUGCUUGGUAGCUGUGACCUAAUUUCCACCUACCAGGGCUCUAAAACGUGUCAAUUAUCACCGUUUUGGUCCAUGGCGAUGAUAUGAUCGCUUUUGUCAACAGCGAUGAUAAGGUCGACUAUCACCGUUUUGCAAAAACGCGGGGAACUCAUGUCUUGGUUUGCAGCGGUGAUGUUCAAACUGCUGUAUUUUGGGAAAUAAGUUUAUAAGUAAUGUAUUUUGAGAAUUUUUUUUAAUAAUUAGAGUAUUUUGGGAUUUUUUCUUCGAAUCCCCGCUGGUGAAAAUUUCCCUAACAGCUUUGCUUCCACUCGUAAACUGGUUGUUGACUGAAAAUGGAGAACGAGGAAGACGGUCCUCCCGCCGCCAUCGACAUCGCCGCUGCUUCACCGGCAACCUACACUGUCGACGCCCUCGGAACAGAACAAGCUCAGGACGACGCUGUCUCUGUUGGAGUCACCAUCAUCACCGGUUAUCUCGGUGCCGGCAAAUCCACUCUUGUUAAUUAUAUAUUGAACGCUAAACAUGGGAAGAGGAUCGCGGUGAUUCUGAACGAGUUCGGUGAAGAGAUUGGGGUCGAGAGGGCGAUGAUCAAUGAAGGAGAUGGAGGGGCUCUGGUGGAGGAAUGGGUUGAGCUGGCCAAUGGGUGUAUAUGCUGCACCGUGAAGCAUAGUUUGGUACAGGCACUGGAGCAACUUGUGGAGAUGAAGGAAAGACUUGAUCACAUAUUGAUUGAGACCACAGGAUUGGCUAAUCCUGCUCCUCUUGCCUCUGUGCUUUGGUUGGACGAUCAGUUGGAAUCAGCUGUGAAGCUUGACUCUAUAAUCACUGUAGUGGAUGCUAAGAACCUUGGCUUUCAGCUUAAGGAGCAGAAGGAUUCUUCUUCGUUUCCCGAAGCUAUAUAUCAGAUAGCAUUUGCGGAUGUUAUCAUUCUUAACAAGGUUGAUUUGCUUUCUUCAGAAGGUACUGGAGGAGGAUCUUUGGAUGAACUCGAGAAGGAAAUACGUGACAUCAAUUCACUUGCCAGUAUCGUUCAUACUGUUCGGUGUCAAGUUGACUUGUCUAAGAUACUGGACUGCAAUGCAUAUGAUACUGCUCGGGCUUCGCACUUAGAAAAACUACUGAAUGAAACUAAAUCUUUGUCAACCAAAGACCUGCAUGGGAGUGGCGUGCACACUUUAUGCAUUUCGGAGUCACAGUCGGUUGAUCAGGAGAAGGUUCGGCUGUGGCUUGAGGAGAUUCUGUGGGAUAAGAAAGACGACAUGGAUGUAUACCGUUGUAAAGGAAUAUUACACAUUCGAAACUCCGAUGACCUGCAUACUUUGCAGGCGGUUAGGGAGAUAUAUGAGAUCGUACCUUCGCGAAAAUGGAAGAACGAAGAAGUUAGACUGAACAAGAUAGUUUUCAUUGGUCGUAAUCUGAAUGAGGCCAUCCUCGCUAAGUCUUUCAAAGGUUGCGUGGGGAUUGCAGGAUUAGAAGGUUCAUGAAUUGUUGUCUGAUCGUAGUAGUUAAGCUAAAGGUUUUGGUUCAAUACAAGAAUGUUAUAAAUAUUUACAUUUGUGGAUGUUUAUUAUUGACAAGUUAGAGCACAAAUUAUAUAGGUUCAGAAAAUUGAUCGAUAAUACGUGUAUUGAGUGUUAAAUUGUUAUUUUCCAAAUAAGCAUGCACUAAAAGACAAUUUGGUAGGCAACUCUUACAAGUUAUAUGAAGACCAAGAACUUGCAUUAUUCUACCAAACAAAGAAAAGAAUUUGCAUUGAUUUAUUUUUUUGGGUAAAUUACAAGUUUGGUCACUGAGUUUAUUAAAAAGUGUCAUGUUUAGUCACUUGAAUUAGUAAAAUGAUUCACGUUUAGUUACUCUUCGUUAACACUGUCAGUCAAUUUCUGAUAUGAAUAACAGAAGUGCUGAUACACCCAAUUUUAGCUCGCCACGUCACCAAAUCCGACUCGCCACAUCACUUAACCUGCCACCUCAAUUUUCCCAACUCAACCCAUAAACCAACCCUUCCAAACUCGUGACCAGGUCAGACCAAAGUCGAUUUUUCUCUCCUCCCUCCAUCUCAUCUAGGGAAUCCGCCACAGAGUAGGCGGUUCAAUCAAACACGGCUAAACAAAAUCACCCAAUGGGUCUGAAGACCAAGGAAGUAAGAGAUUUGAAGAACAAAUCGAUUCAAUCAACUAAAAAUCACUCAACCAGCCCAUAUUGUUCCAAGUAAAUCCUUGUUUCUUCAAUACAGAGUUGAUGGAGUGAUAAAAGUAAUAUUAAAGAACUUGAAUCUUAAACUGAUUGUUUGCGUUCUUGCUUUACUUAACCUGAGCUCGAGAAUACAUUCUAUUUUCCCACAUUUUCUCGACGUCCAAACAAGGGAUUCAAAUCAUUCUACUAAGUAACUAUCCCCAAUUACAGUAACCAAUACUAAACAUUGAUGAUUAACUCAAUUUAACAUAAAAUAACAUCCAAAUGACAUAGAAAUUAUUGAUGAAUUGAGCUAUACCAUCUGGUGGAUCCGUCAUUGCUCGAACUCUUGAAGCCAGAAUCAUCCAGAGAGCAAUCACUACACAGAAGGUAUGUGGCCCUGUUUUUUUUAGUAAACUGUAUAUGAUUCACGAUUGAACCUCUUUGGUAUAGCUAUGAGAUCAAUUGGUUUUUGACAUGGUAUCAGAGUCUUCUGUGACCGAGAGGUCUUCUGUUCAAAUCCCGAUGGCCCCAACUGUUUCUGUUAAGCACAUGGUGUCCGGACCUGUGCAAACUUCAAAUCCACAAUUGAACCUUUCCCAACAACUCGAGUUAUUGGAAUCAACUGGUUUUUAACAGCUUCCCUGUUUUCUCUACGUUUCCCUUGAGAAUGAGGAGAAAAUGCAUUAAGUAGCGAGAAGCCGAGAAUUAUUCCUUCACUGUUUUUAGUUGAUUAAUUCGAUUUGUUCUUCAAGUCUCUUACUUUCUUGGUCUUCCGACCCAUUGAGUGAUUUUGUUUAGGCCUGUUUGAUUGAACUGCUACUAUGUGGCGGAUUCCCUGGUGGAGAUGCGGUCAUGGGGGUAGAAGGGAAUAAUCGACUUUUAUCGGAUCUAGUCAUGAGUUUGGAAGGGUUAGUUUAUGGGUUGGGUUGGGGAAACCGAGGUGGCAGGUUGAGUGAUGUGGCGGGUCGGGUUUGUUGACGUGGCAGGUUAAAAUUGGGUGAGUCAGCACUUCUGUUAGCCACAUUAGCAAUUGACUGGCGAUUUUAACAAAGAGUGUCUAAACGUGGACCGUUUUACUAAUUCGAGUGACCAAUAUUGAAAAUAAAUAUUUCAAGUGACUAAACAUGACACUUUUAAUAAAGUCAGUGACCAAACUUACAAUUUCCCAUAUUCUUUUGCUAAAAAGAAAGGUGCAUUGGAUACCCUAACCUAUAUAUUAAUAAAGCGGGGUUCGGUGA